CUGAUUGCGGCCGAGGCCGGUCCUGGCUUUGUAACUCGCUCAAGAUGGCGACGCAGCCACCCAGCGGGAUCCGCCUCAGCGCGCUUUGCCCGAAGUUUUUACAUACAAAUUCUACUAGUCACACUUGGCCAUUUAGUGCAGUUGCUGAAUUAAUAGAUAAUGCUUAUGAUCCUGAUGUGAAUGCUAAACAGAUAUGGAUUGACAAAACAGUGAUAAAUGACCAUAUAUGCCUGACAUUUACUGAUAAUGGAAAUGGUAUGACUUCAGACAAAUUACAUAAAAUGCUGAGCUUUGGCUUCAGUGACAAAGUCACCAUGAAUGGUCACGUCCCAGUUGGAUUGUAUGGGAAUGGCUUCAAGUCAGGCUCUAUGCGUUUGGGUAAAGACGCAAUGGUUUUUACCAGAAAUGGAGAAAGCAUGAGCGUGGGCUUCUUGUCUCAGACCUACUUGGAAGUCAUAAAAGCAGAACAUGUUGUUGUCCCAAUAGUGGCCUUCAACAAGCACCGACAGAUAAUUAAUUUAACAGAAUCAAAAGCGAGUCUUGCUGCAAUUCUGGAACAUUCUCUAUUUUCUACGGAACAGAAAUUACUGGCAGAGCUUGAUGCUAUCAUGGGUAAGAAGGGGACGAGGAUCAUCAUUUGGAAUCUCAGAAGCUACAAAAGUGCAACAGAGUUUGAUUUUGAUAAGGAUAAAUAUGACAUCAGAAUUCCAGAAGAUUUAGAUGAGACAGCGGGGAAGAAAGGGUACAAGAAGCAAGAAAGGGUGGACCAAAUUGCCCCUGAGAGUGACUAUUCUCUGAGGGCUUACUGUAGUAUAUUGUAUCUAAAGCCACGAAUGCAGAUCAUCUUGCGUGGCCAGAAAGUGAAGACACAGCUAGUUUCGAAGAGUCUUGCCUACAUUGAACGUGAUAUUUAUCGACCCAAAUUUUUAACUAAUAAAACUGUGAGAAUUACUUUUGGAUUCAACUGCAGAAAUAAAGAUCAUUAUGGGAUAAUGAUGUAUCACAGAAAUAGACUCAUCAAAGCUUAUGAAAAAGUUGGAUGUCAGUUAAGGGCAAACAACAUGGGUGUUGGAGUAGUGGGGAUUAUAGACUGUUAUUUCCUAAAACCAACUCAUAAUAAACAAGAUUUCGAUUAUACUAACGAAUACAGGCUUACAGUAACGGCACUAGGAGAUAAGCUCAAUGAUUACUGGAAUGAAAUGAAAGUGAAGAAAAAUGCAGAAUAUCCUCUGACUUUGCUGGUUGAAGAUAUACAGAAACGUCCUGAUCAGACAUGGGUUCAAUGUGAUUCCUGUCUAAAGUGGCGAAAAUUACCAGAUGGGAUAGAUCAACUUCCAGAAAAAUGGUAUUGCUCCAAUAACCCUGACCCACAGUUCAGAAAUUGUGAUGUUCCAGAAGAACCUGAAGAUGAAGAUUUGGUGCAUCCCACUUAUGAAAAAACCUACAAAAAGAAAGACAAGGAAAAAUUCAGGAUCAGACAACCGGAAGCAAUUCCUCGGAUUCCUGCUGAACUCUUGUUUCCAACAACUCCUGUGUCAAGUCAGAGCUUUCCUCCCGUUAAGGAAAAUGUUCCAAGAGGACAUCUUUCAGAAGUGGCAAAUACUUACGCACCGAGACUUAUAAAUAAUCAUCGAGGUUCACCCCAGUCUGAACCUGAGAAUAACAGCCUGAAACGGAGACUCUCUACUCAUUCCUCAAUUUUGAAUGCAAAGAAUCGGAGAUUGAGUAAUCCAGCAUUUGAAAAUUCUUAUAAAGAUGAUGACGAUGAAGAUGUCAUCAUCUUAGAAGAAAACAGUACUCCCAAGCCCGCAGUAGACGAUGAUAUUGAAGUGAAAUUGCAACAGAGUCACAUGGAGCAAAGCGGUGUUCAGGUGGAGCCUGUGGGUGACAGUGAACCGUGUGGCCAGACCAGUUCACCGGGCACCUCGUCAUCCAGGUGCAGUCAGGGAACCACUGCGGCCACCCAGACUGAAGUACCAAGUUUAGUCGUUAAAAAGGAAGAAACUAUUGAAGAUGAGAUAGAUGUAAGAAAUGACGCAGCCAUACUGCCAACCUGUGUGGAAACUGAAGGAAAGACACGUGAAACCCAGGAAAUCUUUGAUAAAUCUGCUGGUGACGCUGGUUGCCAAUUAAAUGAACUAAAAAAUGAGCUGCUUCUGGUCACCCAGGAAAAGGAAAAUUAUAAAAGACAGUGCCACGUGUUUACUGACCAAAUCAAAGUGUUACAGCAGAGGAUACUGGAAAUGAAUGACAAAUACGUGAAGAAGGAGACUUGCCAUCAGUCUACUGAAACUGAUGCUGUAUUUUUACUUGAAAGUGUUAAUGGCAAAUCUGAAAGUCCAGACCAUGUGGUGUCUCAGUAUCGGCAAGCUUUGGAAGAAAUAGAAAGGCUGAAAAAACAGUGUAGUGCUCUGCAGCAUGUAAAGGCUGAAUGCAGUCAGUGUUCCAACAGCGAGAGUAAAAGUGAAAUGGACGAGAUGGUUGUGCAGCUUGACGAUGUAUUUAGACAGCUGGACAAAUGCAGUAUCGAGAGGGACCAGUAUAAAAGUGAGGUUGAAUUAUUGGAAAUGGAAAAAUCACAAAUCCGUUUGCAGUGUGAAGAACUCAAAACUGAGAUCGAACAAUUAAAAUCUACAAGUCGACAAAUUGGAGAUGUGUCAACGUCAAGUAACAUCGAGGAGUCUGUAAAUUAUACUGAUGGGGAAAGCCUCAAACUUCGAUCUCUUCGAGUUAAUGUAGGACAGCUCCUGGCCAUGAUUGUACCUGAUCUCGAUCUUCAGCAAGUGAAUUAUGAUGUCGAUGUAGUUGAUGAGAUCUUAGGACAAGUUGUCGAGCAAAUGAGUGAAAUCAGUAGUACUUAAAGUGUAUUUUAUGUGAGAUAAUAAAAAAUAUUUGCUCUGUCUUUCUGGUUGUAUAGCUUUCAAAAUUUAAGCAGCUUUGUUAUAGAUAUGAUACGUAACAGACAGAAGAACCAUAAUCUUUUCUGUAUUCUAUGCAUUCAAGUGUGGACACAAAUAUUGUGGACACAUUAUCACACCUUUUGAAAUGCCUGUGAAUCAUUGGUAUUGAGCAGCUACAUAGCUAACUCAUGAUUCUGCUUUGAAAUGUAAAUAUUUAUAAUUAAGUCACACAUAUUUUUUUAUUACCCUAGAGGACUCAAGUGUUUUUCACCAAGAGGUUUUCAGAUUGCCCCUAACCUUUGUGCAGUCUUUUCUGGUUCCCCAAAGUGUAUUUUUCUCUGACUUCAGAGCUGUGCCAUAAUACAAAUGGAAAUGCUACCUUUGAUUUUCUUACAGAGAAGUUUAAAACAGGGUUUUUAAAAAUGGAAUACCACUCCUGAUAAGUUGUAAUUGAGCAUUAAUGUUUCUUUUCUAUAAAUUCUUAUCUCCUGAAGUAUUUUAUUCGUGAAAAUAAAGUAAGCAGAAACUCCAUCCAUAUUGCCAGGAUUUUUGUGUGUGUGCUGAGAUUGCUGAUCAUGGUUAUUAAACACAAAGUGUUUUUACAGAAAAAAAUAAUGAUUUUUAGUAUAAAAAUAUAAAAAAUACUAAAUGCCCCACCACAUUUACUUUGAAGCCCAUUUUUGGCUACUUAGUCCACAUGGAGUGGGCGCAAUAAUUGUUUAAUAUUUCUUUUUGUGAAAUUUCCUGUACAGCCUUUUUGUAGGAUUACUACAGGUUAAUAUGAGUUGAGGAAGACAAUCUUUCUCCAGCAGUACUGCAUACCUUUUAUUAUAUUACAAACCAGUAUUGCAUACCUUUUAUUAUAUUACAAGCCUAAGUGUUUUAUAUCCUGGAGUUAAGCAACAAACAAUCUAGGAUUAUAGUAUUACAUGCCAUAAAAAUUAUGCUUUACUGGUCCCAUGUUUUGUGCAAUUAUAAAGAGAUGGCUUU